AUGUCGCCCGCAGCCGCCUUUUUCCAAUUCUGGUGGACGGAUUUGACUCGAGAUGCUUUUCUCGCCUCUCUGCCGAAAGAGGACCUUUUAUCCAUGCGACUGGUGUGCCAUGAUUUCGCCUACCGCACCUCCCCUGUGCUCUUUAAAGAGGUCGACGUUGAGUUCCGAAAUGGCACCUUCACUCGUCCAGCACGCAUGGCUGCCCUAGAGCGGAUUGGAAAGUAUAUCAAAACCCUCAAUUUUAAAAUGCCCCAUUCGCCGGAAACCUUUCUUCCGCCGUUAUUAGACCCCGUUACCGGAGAGGAGCAAACCUUUGUCUACGAACCACAAGUAUACGCCUCUUGUCCGGCAGCGUCGAGGCUUAGUUAUCCAAGAUACGGUACUUGGGAAAUGACGGAACUGCUAACGAAGCAGUACCCGCCAUUGUUCCACGCAGUGACGAAUGUCCCCUCGUUCAUUCGCGCAUUCAGUGCCAUGACUUCACUUCGACACCUAAGAGUGUCGUGCGACGGCCAAGCAGCCGGGCACCGUUACCGCCGCAGUGUAGUCGACUACGCGCUCAUAUCACUUCGUAUCGCAAUCGAACAAGCACCGAUAAAGUCUCUCGACACACUCUCCCUCCUCCCCAUCCACCCAGGAGCACUUCUCUACCUCCGCCCAAACAUGGGCUUUGGCGCAUCCCCCGCAGCACGUAAGCGCUGGGCACAAAUCCGCAAUCUCUCAAUUGAAAUGGACAGUUUCCCAUACGAUAUUGACAGCACCACGACGCCCGCCACGUCCACUACGCCAUACAGCACCCCUUCCUCCUCCCGCAGCCGCAGCCGCAGCCGCAGUAGUAGUAAUGGUAGUAGCAGUAGCAGUAGCAGCAGCAACAACAACAACACCAUCAUCAAAAAAAAAAAGACCCGGCGCAACCCCAACCCGCCCAAAGACCACCUCAAGCUCCUCCACUCCUACCUCCAAGCCUUCCCCACCGUCACACACUUCACCUUCCGCUGGCGCGGCACCCAGGGGCCGAGCCCCCUCUCCCUUUCCACCGAGCCAUGCCUGCAACCAACGCCCACGGAGCCGGCCUCAAUCCUCUGCCCGAAACGCUCCGCCGCACCCCUGCAACCGCUCAAGUUCCCUCACCUGCGCUACGCAGAGAUAGAAAACGCCCUGCUGGAUGCCGCGCAGGUGUCCGCGUUCAUCCUCGAGCACCGGCGCUCGCUGGCGGAGUUCUACUUUGAGAACACCACGCUGCGUAACGGGGGCACGUGGGACGAGGCGCUCGCGCCGCUGACGGCGAUUUCGGGCAGUGAGCGGUGGAAGGGCGCGGAGGGGAAGCGGGAGCAGAAGCAGAAGCAGGCGCAGGCGCAGGCGCAGAAGCAAAGACGGAUGCAGGAGGAGAUGCAUGGGGGGAUGGGGGAGGAGAUGGACGUGCCGAUUAUGUUCAGUCCGGUGGGUGUGGGGCGGAGUCAGGUGCUGAAGGUGCAGUGGGAGGAUGAGAAGAGGAAGGACCGGCUGAAGAAUUUUCGGGCGUAUGGGGAUGCCGGUGCUGCGGGCGAGUUCGCGGACGAGGGAUUUUUUGUGGUGCAGGCAGGAUCAUAUGAGGAGGUUUUUGAGGGCGUCGAUGUUUAG